AGGCGGCGCUGGAAGCGCUGAGCAGCGGGCGGCCAUGGCGGCGUGUCGGCUGCCGGCGGUGCUGCUGCUUCUCGCCCUUGUGCUGUGUAACACAGCGGGGCCCGGAGCUUGGGCAGCGCGGAGCCGAGGGGCCGAGAAGCAGAACAGCUUCCGCCGAGCAGCCAGCGGGCUGUACCAGGGAGUCAGCGGCCUGUUCGGGGAGGACAACGUGCGGGCCCUGCAGAAGUUUUUCUCAAGGUUGACGGAGAGGUUUGUGAAUGGGGUGGAUGUGUUAAUGGACACGUUCUGGAGAAUAUGGACUGAUUUACUGGAUGUUCUUGGAAUUGAUGCCUCCAACUUGACUCAUUAUUUCAGCCCAGCAGCAAUUGCCAACAACCCAACCCGGGCUAUUCUGCUGAUCGGUGCCAUCUUACUCGCCUAUUGGUUUUUAUCUCUCUUCCUCGGAUUCUUCUUCUAUCUCCUGCACAUGAUCUUUGGUCGUUUCUUCUGGAUUGCAAGGGUCGCCCUCUUCACCCUCUCAUGCAUCUACAUCCUGCAGAAGUACGAAGGUGACCCGGAACACGCCGUCCUGCCUCUGUGCUUCGUGGUGGCCGUCUACUUCAUGACGGGGCCGGUGGGGUUUUACUGGAGAAGAAACAGCAGCAGCAGCCUGGAGGAGAAGAUGGACCACCUCGACAGUCAGAUCAGACUGCUGAACAUACGCCUCUCCAGGGUGAUCGAGAACCUGGACAGAGGCAGCGACCAAUGACCCCACCUCGAUAGACCGCCGUACACCAGCUCUAGAAAGUUCCUAAGCACUGUCUCAUUUGAAGUUACAAAGCAACAAAACAUCACAUGGUAAAAAGUGUGCGGAGUUCUAACUUUUCAUCAUGUGUGAGACUAAUCUAGGUUACACACUCAGCCAUUAGACUCGUAGGAAAAAGAAUUAAGCCGUGUAUUCAGAGUUUUAUCCAGUACUAGAAUUUUAUCAGUAGAGAAACGCUUACUUUUACAAGCAUUUAAAAAAAACAUCUUUUGUAAAUUUUUUAUAAAAGCCAAUCGAGUAGUCUUUCCAAUGCUGAAAUCCAGCUAAUUGUAUGCAAAUUUAACACACGGAGUUAAAAAUCUAAAGCUACCGAACGCUUCUGUUGAGAAGUUGCUGCUGUGGGUCCAUCCUUCGCUGUUGUUGUUUGCUUGUGCAGAGUCACAGAUGUUUGUUUUCUCUUGCUGUUGGCUUAUUUCAUUGCCUUGAAGUUGUCUUUCAUAGGAUAUCAAGUGGAUUUCUGGUAUCCAGGCCAAAAAUUUCACGCCCUNAGGAGGCAGAGAAUAAGGGAGAAAGGUGAUUUCUUAAGUUCCAGGUCCUUAAAUGCCAGUCCCGUGUAAGGAAUUAAGGAGUGCACGUGUGGCUUUAUUUUCAUUGCUUUUCCUCGCAGGAACUUAAAUUUUGACAUUGGAAAGGAAAUCUGAUGCAAUUGAUGGACACAAGAGGGAAAGGCUUAGCGUGGCAAUCCAUGAUUUAUAUCUGACCUUCAGAGUGAAGCUCAUUUCAAGCAUCAGCACAUAGGAGGGAACACAGUUUUUAAUCUCGGGACCAUUUGCUUUCACACAAAAGAAGUCAGCGGUUUAAACCACUCGCAGGCACAUCGUUGCUUAAAGCUUUCUCAGGACCAAGAAGUGGCAAUAAAUUACCUUCAGGAAGAUCUGGAUAUAGGUUGUUUGUUUUUUUUCCCCUAAAGUUGUAAUUGUUUUGUAGGAGCUUUUAUCCCAAAGUCUGUCCUCAGUAUACUGGGCUUUGGGGAAGGUGUGUUGGACAAAGCGAUGUAGGAGCCUGGAGCAGCUGUAUUUUGAAGGGUUGAUGUAUUUAUAACCUCGUGAUUAAGUAGCUUGGUAGGUGAGCACUGGUUUUGUGCAGUUUGAAUUGUACUGAAACAAAGGUGACCUCAGGGAGGGAAGUCGGUCAGUGUUUUGUGUGGUGACCGAUGGCGCUUAGUGAUGAGCGCAGUGUCAGUGCCAGGAGAGGUAAAUGGGCCACAGCUGAGGGACAAUGCGUUCCCUCAUUUCUGAACAGCAGGUCAAGAGAACCUGCAACAAGAAGUGGCUGUGCAGCAGGGACUGGCCUCAAAGCAAUGGGAGCAAAUCCAUAUGGCUGCUGAGCAGGGCUGGGGCUGCUCGCUGCCUGGGCAGGGCCUCAGCGUGCUGCUUUACUGAAUGUAUUGUGGGCUGGACUGAUUUUUUUCCUUUCUGCUGAAGUUCGAUGCUCUUCUGAACAGGUUUUUACUAUUACUUGCCAAACUCUUUUGGGCUGUCUGUGGCAUUUAUGUGAAUGGUUACUUUCCAAUUCAUUCUUAUGGCCUUCAUGUCGACUUGCAAUCGCUGAAGUUCAGCGUGGUUGGAGUUGAUGUGCAGUUGCCAACUGCUGUAAUGCAUUUUAAUAGUUUUAAUUGCAUACUUAAUUUCCUUUAACUCCCAUUUUUCAAGCAAAUACAUGGUUAGAGUUGCAAAGAAGCUGCUUUUAAUGACUUAGAAUCUUUCCCAUAAACAGAGAAGCACUAUGGAGACAAAUAACCUGCCUUGUGAAGCUGAGCGUUGGAAUGACGGUGUAUUCAUGUAUUUUACAGCUCAUUUUCUGUAGUACUGCAGAGCCUGCCCUGUAAGCUCCAGCUUUGCUGCUGUUGUGCACAGAGGAUUGAGCUGAGCAGCACCGGGCGUUAGGAAUUGCUUAGCAAAGAUGGUCACGUCUCUUUGUUUUCCUAAAUCUGAGGCCUGAGGACCAAAGUCUGCAAACCUCACUCCAUUGCCUUCAGUAGGGCUACGUGCAUGAGUCGGAUUCGCAUAGAUUGUAUUUUCCGUAAUCCAUAUUUCAUGUUGGAAGUUAAAAAAUGCCGAAUCGUUUCUAUAUUAAGAGCUGUCUAUUAGAAAGAUUUCUUUACAAAUACUAUAUGAGACUUGAUUUGGGUUAUAGUUUCUCCCUGUGUCUCCAAUCGUUCCUUUUAGUUGUGCAAAGAUCAGCCCUCCUGUAUUAAUCCUCUUAGUUUUGAUGGCCCUGCUGCUUGGAAAAAGUAUUUUUGUAUUUCCUUGCAUCCCAUGUAUAGCAAACUGUUGUGUCAAGAGCAGUAGAGAUCAAAGUGGGUAUUUUUAAUCAGUAUUUUUCCCAGUUUUCACGUUAGUCCAAUUCAGAAGUAAUGAUUUUUUUUUUUUAAAGCACAAUCUAGUCUUCAAUAUAUAUAUAUAUAUAUAAAUACAAAUAUAUACUUUAAAAACGCUCUGUAUUUUUAAACAUGCACUGUAGUGAAGAUGCUUUCGAGAUAUGAAUGUGCUAUUUAACCUCUUUCACCUUCCUUUUGUAAAUACCUUUUACAGAUACUUUCCAUUCCAAGUCACGUAGUUUGACCCACCAAGUGUUGGCUCUGAUUCGUACACCUGGUUCCAGUGACUGGUUGCACUGCUUUGCUAUUGCCGUGGUGUGAGCAGGUACAGUGUGUGGGCACAGCACACAAGGGCAGGAGAGCCCCCAUCACACAGGGGAUGCCUUGAGUGGCCUCCAAACCACCUGGUACCGAAUAACAGGGGGGUUGUUGGUAUUCUAAGCUCCAUGCUUAGACCUGAUGUUGGAAACUACCGCUGUGUUCUCAACGCAUUGGCAUAUUUUGUUCAGCUGAUACUUUGGGGGGUUUCCUUGCAGGUAGGGCACCUCACCUGUAGAUAACCGACCUGUCGUGCGCAGUGUGACGCUUCCACAAGUGGCGUUGGGUGUCAGUGCCUUGUGUGACCUGCUGUAGCUCAGUGCCGUGUUAGUGCGUCCUCCAGCUCGUGACUCGCUUCCCAGAUGUGUUGCGUAGUGGAUGUGGAACAUAGACCAGUGUAACCGUAGCUCUUGGUGGCGUACAAGUUUCUUUUUAGGUGUGAUUUGCCUCACGUACCGAUCUGUAUUUGGCAGCUAAUGACGUGAAUGACCACGAGUUCUCUAUGUCUGGGCUGGAAAACAAAAGGUUUUGUUGUAUCCGCAUGUAUUUUAUUAUUAAACUUUUGGAUAAUUCCACCCGACUGUGAUGACAGCACAUUAAAAGUUGAUCUUUCCUUUUUAA